CUCAGGUGAUCCGCCCGCCUUGGCCUCCCAAAGUGCUGGGAUUACAGGCGUGAGCCACUGCGCCUGGCCUCUACCCUUUUAUUAUAAAAUUGUUCUGAGGGAACUUACAAUGAAAAACAGUAGCCCCUGUCUCACCUGUCUAUUGCAGUUCCACUUUACUGAGGCUGCUACUUCUAAGCAUUAAUUUUGUAUUUCUUACCAUGCUUUUUUCCAUGUCUCCAAGUAAUGGGCAUAUAAUAUUAUUUCUUGAUUUAUCAAAAUGACAUUAUCAGGGAGUCAGAAGACGUCUCUGAAUGUGUCAUUGACAUUAUCCCCUUUCUCUUCCUUUCUGACCUUUGAUAUUUAUUUUAGUUAUUUUAUUCAGUGUGUUUAUAUUUUUAAAUAAUAUGCUUAAACCUUGAUUUUAGAAUCCAACAAUCUUAGGCUGUAUCUCUUGAUUUCCCCAUUGUAUUAUAGGGAUUUAGCCUAGGUAUGGCUUUCCUGAAGUAGAAGGAACGUUGACAAUUAGACUAAAAAUGCUGGAUGAGAUGAUAAAGGGAAGUUUGGAUGGACCUAUCAGAAAGACCAUGUUGUAGGAACCAUCUUUGCAGCAUAAGAUUUGCUUGCUAGAGAUGAAGAGGAGUUGAUUGACAAUGAUAGUUGUUCAUCUUGGAAUUAGUUACCAGAUUGCAGUAUUCUUUUUUUUGAGACAGAGUCUUGCUCUGUCUCCCAGGCUAGAGUGCAGUGGUGCGAUCUCAGUUCACUGCAAGCUCUGCCUCCCAGGUUCAUGCCAUUCUCCUGCCUCAGCCUCCCAAGUAGCUGGGACUACAGGCGCCUGCCACCACGCCCGGCUAAUUUGUUGUAUUUUUAGUAGAGACGGGGUUUCACCAUGUUAGCCAGGAUGGUCUUGAUCUCCUGACCUCGUGAUCCACCCGCCUCAGCCUCCCAAAGUGCUGGGAUUACAGGCAUGAGUCUCCACACCCAGCCUGAUUGCAGUAUUCUUUGACAGUCUUCUGGAGAGUUUUAGUGUGGGAAAUCUGGAAAUGCAUUAAAAUGACCCUUGAAUGUUCUUUCUAGGCUUCUAUUCUUUUUUUUUUUUUUUUUUUGAGACAGAGUCUCGCUUUGUCGCUCAGGCUGAAGUGCAGUGGCACGAUCUUGGCUCACUGCAACCUCUGCCUCCUGGGUUCAAGCAAUUCUCCUGCCUCAGCCUCCUGAGUAGCUGAGAUUACAGGUGCCCGCUACCACACCUGGCUAAUUUUUUGUGUUUUUAGUAGAGACACGGUUUCACUGUAGAUGAUCUCGAUCUCCUGACCUCAUGAUCUGCCCGCUUCGGCUUCCUAAAAUGCUGGGAUUACAGGCCUGAGCCACUUCGCCCUGCCCUUUUUUUUUUUUUUUUUGAAACAGGGUCUCACUUUGUCACCCAGGCUGAAGUGCAGUGGCAUGUUCUCGGCUCACUGCAGCCUCCACCUCCUGGGCUCAAGCAAUCCUCUCACCUCAGCCCCACAAGUAGCCGGGAAUACAGGCAUGCGCCACCACUCCCGUCUAAUUUUUUUUGUAUUUUUUAUAGAGACGGGGUUUCAUCGUGUUGCCCAGGCUAGUCUUGAACUCUUGGGCUCAAGCGAUCUGCUUGCCUCAGCCUCUCAAAGUGCUAGGAUUACAGGCGUGAGCCACUGUGCCCGGCCACAAUUCUUAUGUUUUUAUUUUUAGGAGGGAAUGGAUUGGCGUGUACAUGUGUUUUUUGGGGGGAUGUAGUAGGGAGAGAUGGGGAAAUGUGGUAAGAGGAGGAUGAGGAUGAGGAACAGGGUUUGAUGGAGGUGGUGAUACAUUUUGAGGAGGCUGAAGAAAAGGUAAAGAAUUUCGAGGGGGAUUUGGAUAUAGUUAAUGUCAAGGAGGUUUACCUUAUGGUGAUGAGACUAAAAUUUUUGUCAUUUUUAAGGAAAUUAGCAUGUUUAAGUCACGAAUAUGUUGGGAAUGUGGUAGGAAAAAACUAUACUGGGCUCGAUGUCCUCUGUUAGGUUAGAGUCAUAAAAUAUUAGUGUUUUUGAAAUUUGUGUAUGAGGUGCAAAUCACUGUGGUGGAUAUUGGGAGAUGAGAAAGAUAUUACUCCACUUCUUUUUGGGAGUCUAAGUAAUGGCAACUCUUGAGAGUCUUCCUUACUUUCAGUAGUAACAGUAUUCACAUGUAGUUUAUGUAUUGCUAAAUUUUGUGUUUGUGACAAUUAUUCUUUUUGUUUUGCAAAUAGUACAUUGUAACCUCUUCUAGAGCAGAGACUUCCUGUAAUCUCUAGGGAAACUCACAGCAGGUUGAUUCUUAAGUGCUUAAUAAAUACCUGUUGAAUGACUGAUAGAAAGUAGUGUUCGCUAUUAGCGAUAAUAGUGGGAUUGUAUGAAAUUGCUGAGUACUGUGGGGGUAUUGUAGACAAAACUGUGUGUGUGUAUGUUUGACAGCAUGAAGGACAAGGGAUAUUUGACUGGAGAGGACCUUUAGAUUUAAGGGAAGAAGACAGACUGGAUUAGAAUGGAAUUGCAAUGGUUCUGUAACAACUUGGAAGAGGUGGGACCAAGGGGUCUCUUCUAAAUUUGAAGCUAGUUUAAUCUGGAGUAAAAUCUGGUCUGUAGCAGGGUGCUGGUUUAAUUUAGAUUUUUUUUUUUUUACCUCAGGCCUAAAUGACUGUUUUAGGACUGUCUGAUUUAAUUCUUUUUUAGGAUAGUAAAAAUAACAGAUAAGCUUCUUCUCUCAAGGAAUUUAUAGUAUUUACAAUUUUUUUUUUUGAGAUGGGAUCUUGCUCUGUCGCCCAGGCUGGGGAGCAGUGGUGCGAUCUCAGCUCACUGCAGCCUCCGCCUCCUGGGUUCAAACAAUUCUCCUGCCUCAGCCUCCCAAGUAGCUGGGAUUACAGGAGGGUGCCACCAUGCUCGGCUAUUUUUUGUAUUUUUAGUAGAGAUGGGGUUUCACCAUGUUGGCCAGGCUGGUCUUGAACUCCUGACCUCAGGUGAUCCUCCCACCUUGGCCUCCCAAAGUAGUAUUUACAUUCUUUUGAGAGAGAAAGACAGUUGUGAAAUAAUUCAGUAAUGGUAUAAGAUUUCAGAAAGUUGAUUUUUAAAAACAAAUAUCAAAAUUAUAUCUCCAGAUAAGAAUUUUUAUAUUUUGGUGGUCAUUUUCAGUAGCAGUGUUCAGAAUGUUUUUAGAACACCUUUUCUGAAUUAACUUCUGAGUACAAUUCUAUACAAUUUACAUGUUUAUUGAGUAUCUAGUGUGUGCUGUUGGGGGAAGGGGUCCAUAAAGGUGAGUGAAACAUGGUCCCUGUUUUCUAGGAGUUCAUAAUCCCUUCAAGAGGCACACUUUUUUUUUUUUUUUUUUUUUUUUUGAGAUUGCAGUAUUCUUUGUCUUCUGGAGAGUUUUAGUGUGGGAAAUCUGGAAAUGUAUUAAAAUGACCCUAGAAUGUUCUUUCCAGGCUUCUAUGGCUUUUUUUUUUUUUUUUUUUUUUUUUGAGGCAGGAUCUCACUCUGUCACUCAGGCUGGAGUCCAGUGGCGCGAUCUUGCCUCACUGCAACCUCCGCCUCCAGAGUUCGACUGAUUCUCGUGCCUCAGCCUACCAAGUAGCUGGGACUAGAGGCACACACCAGCAUAUCCGGCUAAUUUUUGUAUUUUAAGUAGAGACACGGUUUCACCAUGUUGGCCAGGCUGGUCUCGAACUCUUGGCCUCAGGUGAUCCGCCCACCUUAGCCUCCCAAAGUGCUGGGAUUACAGGCGUGAGCCACUGCACCAAGCCCAAGAGGCACACUUUUGUUUGUUUGUUUGUUUGUUUUUUGAGAUGGAGCCUCUCUCUGUCACCCAGGCUGGAGUGCAGUGGCGCCAUCUUGGCUCACUGCGACCUCUGCCUCCCAGGUUCAAGCGAUUCUCCUGCCUCAGUCUCAGAGUAGCUGGGACUACAGGUGUGCACCACCACUCCUGGCAAUUUUUUGUAUUUCUUAGUAGAGAUGGGGUUUCGUCAUGUUGGCCAGGCUGGUGUCAAACUCCUGGCCUCAAGUGAUCCACUCACCUUGGCCUCCCAAAGUGCUGCGAUUUCAGGCAUGAGUCAUCGCACCCAGCCAAGAGGCACACUUUUAAAUAAUACAUGGUAUAAUCUUAUUCUGAAUGGUCUCAUUGAUGACAGAUCUUUUUACUUUGAAAUUUUGAUUUUUAGAAAUGCUGAAGGUUAGUCAAUAUCAAAUAGAGUGAAUGAAGAAUAGUUUUGCCUUAAAUCCAGUUAAUCACAGAAAUGGGAAUCAUUUUCUUGGUUGACUUAUUAGCUGAUUUUGAGAACACUCCCAAGGAGGAAGUUGGAAAUAUUUUGAACAGGGGUGAUAGCUUCACAUGUAGUUAGGCACUACAUAAAUGUUGGUUGAGUGCAUCAGAUGGUUGGAUGGAUGGAGUGAAUAAAUGAGUAAGUGGUAGCCUUCCAAAGUAACUUAUUUUAAAGAGGACCAUACUGAUUUGAAUGUGUAAAUAAAUUUUUAAAAAAACUCAUUUUUCUCAGAUGAAAUAAAUUCUGAGUAUGUUUGUUAAUAAUUUUAUUACCUUGAGCAAGAUAGUUUAAGUUCACAAAUGAGUUUUACAGACAGUAAGUGCUGUAGGAGUUCAGGGAAUGGAGAAAUGAACAUUGGCUAAGGUUUGGUGAAAUGAUUUAAGUGAACCAUACUUAUAUUUGAAAAGAUUCCUUAGGGAUCUCAGAGAGGAACUAAAUGACUCCAAAUUCCUCUUGCAGCCCUAAAGUGAACCUAGAGUCUGGAUCUAUUUUUGUCUAAAUGCUUUCUGCCUGUUUCAUUUUAGCUACUCCUACUGGUUUGUUCCUUUCAGAUUCACAUUUGUUGGUAGAUGUUGAGCCCCCUGAAACAACUAUGGGGUCUGUUUUCCAUCUUUGUAUAGUGUAACUUUUAGUUGUUCUUUUAUGAGCCUGUACCCCACAAAUUACUUGGCCAUCAUGAGAGAAGAGCAUGAGUCAACUUGGCCCUGUUAUCCUGGCAUUUUCCUGCAUGCUUUUCUCAAAGCUGCUUUCUGAAUUACGGAAUAGAAUAGACAGAGGGCAUGUGUCCAGUAGACACGAGCUUGUUGAAUGAAUGAAUGAAUGAAUGAAUGAGAUAUUUGAGAUAAUUUAGGAGAUCUGAAUUGUCUAUAUGUUUUAUGUUUCUUUUUCAUUUAUUCACAACCUGACUUUUUCUACAAAGGACUUAACGGGGCUGCCAAACUAUGCACUAGCGAUGAAUUGAAAUAAUUCAAUAAAUCUGGUUAAAGAGAUGGUGAAGAAAAGAAAAAUCUGUUUAAAGAAUAUAGAUCAAUGUGUAUGGGUGUUAGAGAACUAGGAAUAAGGUAGAAGAUAAGCAGAUGGGGAAUGAAAGAUGGUAUCUGAUAGAAAGGAUGAUUCUGAAGGAGGGAAAAGUUUACUGAAAUAUGACAGGCUGUGUUUGGAGGAAAGCAUGAGAAGAUGGAAGGUAAGGAGGAUUAUUUGAGAGGGCUGUUUUGAGGAGGAAGAUGGUAAGGCUAUUUGAAGGAUAAGAGUCAACAGAAGUUUGGAAUAUAGUAGAGGUUAUUAAAUUAUGUUGAUUUAUAACAAGGUUUCAGAAAAUGAUGGGAUGAGUUUUCAUUAUUUAACAGAUAAUGCAUAUUUGUUAUAUGCAAAAGCAUAUAAUGCUUUGCCGUCAGGAAUAAAUCCUUUGGGAUUUAUAUUGUGAUAGGGCAGCUGGACUUGUGCACAAAUACCUGUACUAUAAUCACAAAUAUAUCUGUGAGUCACAAAUAUACCAAAUAUUACUGAAUUUAAAAGGCAGAAAAUGCAUUUGAUUAGGAGAAAACCUGAGACAGCAUUUUAAAGGCAUAAAAGUGGAAUUUUAGCUAGUCUUUGAAGGGAUUGAUAAGAUUCUUUUCUUUUUUUAAGUUUUGGAUUGAUAGGAUUUUGACUGGCAAAGAUUACUGAAAGAGAGCAUUCCUGCCUGAGAGAUUAGCGUAAGCAAAGGCUUGGAGGUGAGAAGCCCAGGAGAUGUGGGGAAUGGAUAGAGGGAGGAAUCAGCAGCUUGGAAAUUCAAGCACGUGAUCUGGCGGGAUGGGCAUUUGCCUGACGUAUUUAAUGGAGGAAUUGGAUGGCAUAAGUGAUUAAGGUGGUAUUGAGGAUUUCUGAAGCCUAUGAAAGGUAGAAACUCAACCAUGAUUUCUUUUUCAACUCUACAGCAUUCCUUUCCUUGAAGUCUUCAUUUUUACGUUAGUUUCGGGCAGUUAUACUUAAGCAUGAACAUUGACGACAAACUGGAAGGAUUGUUUCUUAAAUGUGGCGGCAUAGACGAAAUGCAGUCUUCCAGGACAAUGGUUGUAAUGGGUGGAGUGUCUGGCCAGUCUACUGUGUCUGGAGAGCUACAGGAUUCAGUACUUCAAGAUCGAAGUAUGCCUCACCAGGAGAUCCUUGCUGCAGAUGAAGUGUUACAAGAAAGUGAAAUGAGACAACAGGAUAUGAUAUCACAUGAUGAACUCAUGGUCCAUGAGGAGACAGUGAAAAAUGAUGAAGAGCAGAUGGAAACACAUGAGAGACUUCCUCAAGGACUACAGUAUGCACUUAAUGUCCCUAUAAAUGUAAAGCAGGAAAUUACUUUUACUGAUGUAUCUGAGCAACUGAUGAGAGACAAAAAACAAAUCAGAGAGCCAGUAGACUUACAGAAAAAGAAGAAGCGGAAACAACGUUCUCCCGCAAAAAUCCUUACAAUAAAUGAGGAUGGAUCACUUGGUUUGAAAACCCCUAAAUCUCACGUUUGUGAGCACUGCAAUGCUGCCUUUAGAACGAACUAUCACUUACAGAGACAUGUCUUCAUUCAUACAGGUGAAAAACCAUUUCAGUGUAGUCAAUGUGACAUGCGUUUCAUACAGAAGUACCUGCUACAGAGACAUGAGAAGAUUCAUACUGGUGAAAAACCAUUUCGCUGUGAUGAAUGUGGUAUGAGAUUCAUACAAAAAUAUCAUAUGGAAAGGCAUAAGAGAACUCAUAGUGGAGAAAAACCUUACCAGUGUGAAUACUGUUUACAGUAUUUUUCCAGAACAGAUCGUGUGUUGAAACAUAAACGUAUGUGCCAUGAAAAUCAUGACAAAAAACUAAAUAGAUGUGCCAUCAAAGGUGGCCUUCUGACAUCUGAGGAAGAUUCUGGCUUUUCUACGUCACCAAAAGACAACUCACUGCCAAAAAAGAAAAGGCAGAAAACGGAGAAAAAAUCAUCUGGAAUGGACAAAGAGAGUGCUUUGGACAAAUCUGACCUGAAAAAAGACAAAAAUGAUUACUUGCCUCUUUAUUCUUCAAGUACUAAAGUAAAAGAUGAGUAUAUGGUUGCAGAAUAUGCUGUUGAAAUGCCACAUUCUUCAGUUGGGGGCUCACAUUUAGAAGAUGCGUCAGGAGAAAUACACCCACCUAAGUUAGUUCUCAAAAAAAUUAAUAGUAAGAGAAGUCUGAAACAGCCACUGGAGCAAAAUCAAACAAUUUCACCUUUAUCCACAUAUGAAGAGAGCAAAGUUUCAAAGUAUGCUUUUGAACUUGUGGAUAAACAGGCUUUACUGGACUCAGAAGGCAAUGCUGACAUUGAUCAGGUUGAUAAUUUGCAGGAGGGGCCCAGUAAACCUGUGCAUAGUAGUACUAAUUAUGAUGAUGCCAUGCAGUUUUUGAAGAAGAAGCGGUAUCUUCAAGCAGCAAGUAACAACAGCAGGGAAUAUGCGCUGAAUGUGGGUACCAUAGCUUCUCAGCCUUCUGUAACACAAGCAGCUGUGGCAAGUGUCAUUGAUGAAAGUACCACGGCAUCCAUAUUAGAGUCACAGGCACUGAAUGUGGAGAUUAAGAGUAAUCAUGACAAAAAUGUUAUUCCAGAUGAGGUACUGCAGACUCUGUUGGAUCAUUAUUCCCACAAAGCUAAUGGACAGCAUGAGAUAUCCUUCAGUGUUGCAGAUACUGAAGUAACUUCUAGCAUAUCAAUAAAUUCUUCAGAAGUACCAGAGGUCACCCCGUCAGAGAAUGUUGGAUCAAGCUCCCAAGCAUCCUCAUCAGAUAAAGCCAACAUGUUGCAGGAAUACUCCAAGUUUCUGCAGCAGGCUUUGGACAGAACUAGCCAAAAUGAUGCCUAUUUGAAUAGCCCGAGCCUUAACUUUGUGACUGAUAACCAGACCCUCCCAAAUCAGCCAGCAUUCUCUUCCAUAGACAAGCAGGUCUAUGCCACCAUGCCCAUCAAUAGCUUUCGAUCAGGAAUGAAUUCUCCACUAAGAACAACUCCAGAUAAGUCCCACUUUGGACUAAUAGUUGGUGAUUCACAGCACUCAUUUCCCUUUUCAGGUGAUGAGACAAACCAUGCAUCUGCCACAUCAACACAGGACUUUUUGGAUCAAGUGACUUCUCAGAAGAAAGCUGAGGCCCAGCCUGUCCACCAAGCUUACCAAAUGAGCUCCUUUGAACAGCCCUUCCGUGCUCCGUAUCAUGGAUCAAGAGCUGGAAUAGCUACUCAAUUUAGCACUGCCAAUGGACAGGUGAACCUUCGGGGACCAGGGACAAGUGCUGAAUUUUCAGAAUUUCCCUUGGUGAAUGUAAAUGAUAAUAGAGCUGGGAUGACAUCUUCACCUGAUGCCACAACUGGCCAGACUUUUGGCUAAAAAAAAAGAAGUGUAAAUAAUACUGGCACUUUAGAACAGAUUAAUCAAGAGUGGGGUUACUCUGUGUAAAUGGAGUGCUGUACAGAUUUAAGAGCAAUGCGUAAUAACAAGUUAAGCUGAUAUGAAUAGCAAGAUAAUCCAAUAACUGCAUUUCGUUUGGUUAGUCAGCAUUCUUUGAACUGCCUUACAUGUUGUCACCUUUAUAGAAGCAAUGCAUUACUUGUUUUAGAUCAGAAACUUGCUAUUCCACCCACACCAAGUUAAAAAGAAAAAAAAAAAAGACUUUCGCACAAUUGUUUCCUAACUGAUAACAUUGUACAUUCUUAGGAGAUUAGUAAUUGUGUGAAAUUUACUCAUACUGUUUCUAAGUUUUUCAGCAUAGUCAUUGCACUUCAGCAGGGAAUCUGAGUAUACUUUACAGACAGAGUGAACUUAAAAGUUUAAUGUCAAGAGAUUAUGGCUUAAAUAAAUUAGUGUGUCCUAUAGGGGGAAAAAAACCAAGAAACCACCUUUUAAAAAGAAUGAUAUGCCAUAUACCCUUGAUUUUCAUUUUGCAUUAUAUUGACAUGUGUUUUUUUGAAGAAAAAAAGUAAUAAAAAUCUGAUAGUCUAAGACUCCACUAUUUAAAAGCCUAAUUACUUUAAAAAUAUGCAUACUUUCAAAACUUUUACCAAAACACACAACUGUUGAAGCAGUCACUUCUCUAUGGAAGUAUGCAUAUUGGUGUCAGUUUCUUUGUACAGUUGUACCUAGAUGUUUUUUAUGAUUUUUCAUGUGCAGGUAUCAAGGUUUUGAAGUUUUAGUAAAAGAAAUUCUGUAGAUUACAUUCCCAAGAACAUAAUGCUUACACAAAAUGUAUAUUCCACGUUUUAAAGCUUAAUUGUAUUUUACUUUACAUAUACACUUCAGUUAACAUAGAGCACUUAGAAUCUAUUUGGUAUUUUUGAUUUCUCAAAGUAAAAAAAAAAUUAGAUUUUUAGGUUUGAUAUGGUUGUGUCAUAAUCAUCUCAUAAUUGACAAUUUUAACUUUUGGCAAUAAAAGGAAAUUGGGAUAUCUUUGGAACUGUAAAACCUGGUUUAAUCUUUUUCUUUCUAGACUCUUGAUAGAUUGGAUAAUUAAACAGUAUCCAGAGAAACUAAAGAAAUGGGCAUUUUAAUUGCAUAUUUUAUCUUGAGUUACUUUUUAAUGAACACUGCUCAUUACAACUUUACAAACCAAAAGUGUUUACUAAUUCCAGUAACUACCAUUUCUUUUUCAGCUAGAUGAGUGAUCGGAAAAUUUUUGUUGCAUUUCAAAAUCUAAAUAAACUACAGACUUUAUCCUUA